AUGUGUAUUGGACCAUACACUACUGCUAAAUUUGCCGUGGCGGGAUAUUGCGAUGUUAUCAGGCAGGAGAUGCGGUUGUCCGGUGUUUCGGUGCAUGUAAUAGAACCAGGAUUCUUCAAAACUAAUCUCACAAAAACCGAAACUAUAAAUAGGCAAGUGAAGCAACUGUAUGACAGAUGUUCAGAGGACGAGAAGUGUGAAUAUGGCUACGACUUUUUCAAGGAAGUGCAAGAGAAGAUGGUGGGGCUGUUAGACUUCAUAUGCUCCGACCGCAUUGAUUAUGUGACAGAUGCUUAUCUUCACGCUUUAACGGCCGUUUAUCCAAGAUCAAGGUACCAAGCCGGAUGGGAUUCAAUAUUAAUAUUUAUCCCGUUUUCGAUGGUUCCAACUGCAAUACAGGACCUUGUGAUGCGAGUCGGGGCGUUUCUAAGCGGUAUGCCAGCUCCACCAGUACUGCGGAAAGAAAAGGAUAAGACGUUAGUUGACAACACCAUUUUCAUUGCGACUAAGCAGAGCAAGGAGUAA